CAUCAGUUGUUCGAGGGCUGAUGUCUUAUAAAAGAAAGGUCGACAAAAGUAAUGCCCUUUUUGUACUUCUUCUACGAUCACGCUUUGUUUAGUAUGUGAAUCCUUUGUAUGCUUUUUGGAUUUUUCAAAAGUGUGUCACAUUCAUGAGUAUCUAUUGAGGCGAAGAACGUACCCCCUGAUUUUCCAGACAUUUUCCAGAAAUUUAUGCUGCUUCUACUGCUGCCCGUCGCUUCCAGCUGCUCCUGCCUACCACGCUGCCAGUCACCAUGAGCAAAACUCUGAGUAUCUACUUCCGCCGCUGCCGUUUCUUGCCCCUUCAGCUAAUGAUGGUAGUGCUGGUGGUGGUGGGUUAUCUCACCCUCAACUCGCGUCUGCUCAAGAGUACGGAAAAAGAGAACUGGCACAGGAGGGAGGAGGAGUUAAAGAAAUUCGAUGGUAGAGAGAUCGAUCUGAAUUACAUCCGAUCCAUCGCAGUGGUCGACUUCAAAAUAUCGCAGUUCACCGACCCGAUGAUCGCAGAAAUGAACGAAACGGAGCUCAUGGCGCAUGUGCACAGUUACCUUGACAACAUAGACACCAUUUGUAAACGGAAACUACGCAUGGGAUACGUCGGCGACGGAGGGUGGGAGAUCUGUGAUGACUCUGGAAUCAGACCUAAACAACACGAUUGUUUGGUGUACUCUUUCGGAGUCGUGAACGAAUUCUCUUUCGAGGAUGACGUAUCUCGACUCUACGACUGCGAGGUCCAUUCUUUCAACCCUUUAGCCUCCGGGGACGACUACAACAGAAGCAAAAAGAUCCAAGCGCACUCUUUCUCCAUAGGACGAAAUUCGGAAAUCUCUGAAGACGGGAAAGAGCUCUAUACACUCCCGGACAUUCGCACGAUUCUGCACCACAGCAAAAACAACAUUGACGUCAUGAAGAUGGACAUAGAGGGCGCGGAGUGGCCGGCACUAGCUGGGAUGUUACAAUUUGACGAGCUAAGCCAAGUCAAACAGCUAUUGGUGGAAUUCCAUUUAGGCCCGCCCCCAAAUAUAGACCGCCUCCGGCGAGCUUUGAAGGUGCUCAAAGACAUUGGGCGUGCCGGCCUCCGAAAGUUCUACGCCACAAAAAACCCGAGGGGGUCUUUCCAUCACCCUGGCUUCCCAGUCAUGAGAGCCCGAAACUAUGAGAUUCAUUUUCUAAAUACCAAAUUUCUCAAUAAAUAGAAAUAGAAAUAG